ACCACCAACUCGAUGGAUUGUGAGACCUGCUAUUAUGUGGAUAUUAACAAGUCGUGGCUCAGCCAGACCCAAGGCUAUACGGACUACAGCUAUGGCUACGAUCAGAGCUAUAAUCAGGGAUACACUGAAAUAGAGGCCAACUGGUCGUCAUCCAACGAUGCACACGAGCUAGAACCGCACAGAUCACCAGACAGGCAGGAACGGCCAGUUCGAGAGUCCAAUCCCAAGGCCAGGGCAGCCACAUCGCAGCGCAAGGAGCGCACGGCAUUCACCAAAUCGCAGCUAAAGGAGCUGGAGAGCGAAUUCUGCUACUCAAACUAUCUGACGCGCCUGCGACGGUACGAGAUCGCUGUGGCCCUGGAGCUGACGGAGCGGCAGGUGAAGGUCUGGUUCCAGAAUCGGCGCAUGAAGUGCAAACGCAUCAAGCUAGAGGGAGCAGGAGCCAUUGCCAUCGCCACUGCCACCAAGACGCACUGCUAGUUUGUACAGGGACAUAUUUUAACACAACUUCUCUUACAAUUGUUCGCUUACUAAGUAAUUAGAGUAAAAUGUAGUUUACGGCUAUUUCUUCAACUUCUUGGACUUGACCUUCUGCAGGGGCUUGGCCAGCGUCUUGGCUGCGGCCAGCUGCAGCUUCUGUGUGACGGCAUUUUUGGCGGCCUUCGGUGCCGGAGCGGGCUUCUUCUUUUGCACACCGCCAGAGCCAGGUUUGCGCUUCAGUUUGUCCUCCAGCCGGACAGCCGCAGAAGGGUUUUUCUUCUGCGACUUCUUGGGCGGCGGUGGGAGAUCCUCCUCUUCGUCGCUGUCCUCAGAGUCAUCGCUGGCCUGCUCACUCUCCCCAUCCUCCAACUCAAGAUCAGAGUCAUCUUCGGAUGCAUCCACAUAGUCCUCGUCAUCAGAGUCCUCGUCAAUGGUGGUGCCCAGCAAG